GCAAGACAUCGUACAAAGCGCCGAGGCUCCUGUCUUUCAAAACCCGAAUUAAUACCACAAACUUCAAAAAAAGGAAGGUGCAGUGCAACGAUGCAGAAUCAAAAGGGAAGAGUGAUCAUAUGGAGUCACGUUUGCCUCUACUCUUUUUCUGGAGUCAUUAUUUUAUUGGAGAAAGCGGCACUUGUACUAUGCUUUAUGAACUACCUCUGGAUGGGAAAUGAGCUUCUGGCUUGGCUGACUUUGGGUCUGUGUCUGCCGGCCACAGCUGUGCAACUGCUUAGUCUGAAGUGGUACAUCACUGAAGCAGAGAAACCCAAGCCUUCACUCAUCCUUGUGCACUGUUUGCAUCUGGGCACCUUUCAGAGGUUAUGGCACUGUAUGAAGUCCCAGGGAGUGCAAGUUAAGGUUGGGGCAUUACUAAUGCAGCAGGCAGAUGUAUCUGCUCUGUGCCUGAUCGAGGCCCUGUCACUCAGCCUGCCUCAGGGUCUACUGCAGACCUACAGUUUAUUCACCCUACACACCAGCUUUCUGUCACCAGUGGUUUUAUGCGUUGGAUUGAGCCUGCUGAAUGUGUCCUGGUUUCUGGCCUUGUACAGCCGCACAUGCUUGCUGCUCCGUCCUGGCCACCUGUACAUGACCCCUGCUGCUAUGCUGUGCCAGCUCAUAUGGAGAGGUGGCAUGCUGGGUGCCAGGGUGGCCAGCCUCAUGUACUUCUGCAGUGUAUUUCACUGGUGGACCUACGGAGUGAUUGGUUUCCACUGGCUCAUUAUGACGUUCUGGCUUGUGUCCCAGCAGACAGACAUCUGCAUUAACCAUAGUUCUUGGCGUCUUUUCAACUUAAUCUUAGGGGCUAUACAUAUUUUCCUGUUCCUCAACGUUAAAGACAGCCCCUCACGGUACCGCAUGGUUGGAUUUUAUUUGUUAAUGUUGUUGGAGAACACUUUCCUUCUACUUCUGGCCUCAGACUUACUAAGUAACCCGUCGUGGCAUAGCAUGAGUGUUCCUGUGGCUGUCCUAUGCAGCUUCUUCAUUGGUGUAAUUUUUGUUGUCAUUCACUACCGAUUUCUUCAUCCAAAAUCCACUGAGAUCCUCCAGAGUUUUAGACUCAGUCAACUGAGCCUGACAACUAUUAACAGAACAACCUCUGAUGUACAUUGUAAAGAGACCACACCUGAGUCCUCCACACAAAGGCAUGGCACUUUCUCAGUUACUGGUUGUGCUCUGUCUCUUGAGGAACAUGCAGGAAACUGUUCUGUUCAACCUAUAGAGGGUUGCUGGCACCAUCAUCAUAUGUUAAUAUACCUGGCUCUCAAAACAGGAAACUCAAGCAAAAUCAACUGCAUCUAUGGAGACAGAGGACUUUCAGCCUUACUGGGAAAUAAUGAGGUACCCAACACAGACUCUGGACUGAAGCACUGUAUGCAGCCAUCAGUGAUUGUAGGUGAACACUUUGAAAAUGGUCCUGACCAUACAGCUGAAAACAGAGAAGCUGAACGUGUCAAUGGUUUCUUUGGUGCUGAGCUCAGACAGUCUCCAGAGGGUGAAUCGAAGAUGCUGAAGGGUGCAAUGUAUAACACCUGUCCUGCAGACUCCAGCAGCACUGUUUACUUCAGUGCAGAACCCCAGUCUCCUCAUAUUCUCGGCGAAGCAACUUUAGAUAAAGAGAAUACUGGCAUAAUCAGUCCAAUUAUUAAUGGAGCUGCACUACAUUUGACUGCCAAACCAUUUUUAGAUAGGGACCCAUGCUAUACCUCGACACCAAUACCAGACCUCAAAAUUAUGCAAAAUACAAGUCCUCGAUUAGUAGGGGCUAGGAGACAGGUGUAUUUUUAAUAUUAUAAACAGGUAUGACAAACUCGUGGGAAUUGCUUAGUUUUGUUUGGGAUACAGCUUAUAAAUGUUUUGUGUUUAUUAGCACCAUAUUAUAACCACUAUCUGCCCUCAUUGUUUUUGUACGAUUAGUUAUAAGCUCACUGAAUUAAGAUCAGUUUACAUUUUUUAAACAAUAUUUUAAAAUGACAAACCUUUUUUGUAUUUUACUUGCUGCUCUCUUUGACUUUAUUACCGUCUUUGUUGGUAAUCUCUGUGAUUUUAUGUAUUUAAAAUGUCUUUUUAUAUGCUUCGUGUAUUUUAAUACGUUUUCAUCUCAUUUUAUAAGGUUUAAUUUUUCACAAACUAUAUAUAUAUAUAUAUAUAUAUAUAUAUAUAUAUAUAUAUAUAUAUAUAUAUAUAUAUAGGGAAGACACUAUAUUUUAAAACAAUUGUUAUAUUUAUGGAUGCUAUGUGUGGAGCAAAAGAGUUGCUACAUUUUAUAAUUUAUAUGUCAAAGUAGUUGACAAUAACAAUUCAGUUGCCAGUGUUAGCUUGAUAAAUCAUUUCAUUAUUGUCAGAAAUCUUGAAACUGUUUGAACACUUGUAGCCUCUAUAUUUUAUGUUUGCUUUACAUUUAUUACUUUUUACAUUGUACAUCAAUUAGUAUUAAAUUGUACAUUUAGGCCUAUAUAUUUCUUAUAUUACUAUAUUAAUAUAAAAUUACGAAAGUUAUUUAUAAGUAACUUUAUGUUAUCCUCCCACUCAUCUGUACUAAAAUGGGAAUAAAAACUCAAACUCAAAUCAAA